ACGCAAUCCAUUAUAUUGAGUACUAUAAAAUGAAUAACAUGUUAGAAUUACUUUUAACAGAUGUAAUCCCCGGAAUUCAUCUCGUCGGAUUAUCAAAGGUUUGUAGAAAAUACCUGGAAUCAUGUCGGUUGAUCGUUAGAGACUUGAUGCGGAAUAUGAACGAUCCAGGAGGUUUUGUGACUUUCCUCAACCAAGCCGCCUCGGUUCCUUUACGGGAGAGCUCUCAUCUUCCUGAUGGGAGAAUAUGAGAUUGUUUGGUCUUGGUGUAUUAGGGACCACAACUUCAAGCUCCUUAUAAGUUAUAUACUAGUUCACCAUGAGCUCCCAUAAAACCCAAGGUGAUCAAGUAUUUGGUUUUCACCCAUUGGACUCAUAUUGGGCUUGAGUAGUCAUGAGCCACAUAAAAUAGAUCACUUAAUUUAGCUCAUCUAAGCAAAAAAAAAAAACAAAUAUAGUGUGUUUGUAAAUUUAUGGCCCACAUAAGUUAGGAAAUGAAUUUCCUAACACAACAAUCUUCUUUCAUUAUUUGUUAUAUGUUUCCUCAUGUCUGCUUUCUUUAUAUGUUUACAAAUUUUUGUCAAUAAUUCUUAUAUUAUUAAGCGAUUCGAACUUGAUACCUUUUGUUUCAAAAUUAAAGAUAUUACCACUAAAAUUAGUCUUUAUUCCUCAAAAUAGCGUAUAAGUUAUGCUUUCGCACUACUUAAGGAAUUAACAUUAUAUUUGAUAAACAGUUAAAAAUAAAAUUAUAAAUUUUAAUUAUGCUUUCUCAAUGCCACAGGAAUAUAUUUUUAUCUAUCCACCAAAAUUCGGUAAAUGGCCACAAUAAGAAGGGGGGAAAGGCGAUAAAGAAUAAAGGAGGAGACAGGUGGAGAUAGUACACUCUUUUGUCUAUUUGAUUGGAGUUGGUUGUACUUUGGUCUCUUUAUGCACAUAACACUGGGUUGUUGUGGUCUUGUGGAAAAUUCUACACACUUGAAAGUUGUCAAAACUUUGGUCUCGUCCGUUCAUAUCAAAAUCUCAUAGUUGGGCUUCUGCAAUCUAGCCCAAGCCUGAUAGUCAUGGGCUUGAGGAUAUCAGUAGUAACAACAUAGAUGGCCCGAAAAACGAUCUGACGGACUUAACCGACGUAAGACGGAGGCCCAAAAUGCUAAAACGACUGCGUGCAGACGAUAAACAAUCUGAGAGCUGGCAGUGAACGCUCAUACUACUCCUAGUCUCUUUUGACUCUCAGCUCAGGCUAACUCACUGACCGGCGCCGAAGCUCGAAAAAAUGCCGACGGCCAAUACACAAGAGGAAAACAGCAAAAGCGAACUGCAGAAGAAUCAUGGCGGCGGAGGAGGGUUCACUCGAUGGGCGGUGGUCGCCGUGAUCUUCCGUCUAGCUCUCAUUUACUUCCCGGGGAAUCUCAACCUGUCUUCUCGUCCGGAAGUCUCCACUCCCCUCACAUCCAUUCGUCGCCUGGCAGAGGGGUACUGGUUGAAGCAAUCAUCAAUGUCUCCUUAUGCAGGAUCUAUGUACCAUGGCUCUCCAUUGCUGCUCUCUGUUCUUGGGCCUCUCACUGUCAAAAGAAUUGAAGGGCAGCCCGGUCACAUUUUAUGCAGUUUGGUUUUUGUUCUUGCAGACUUGAUCAGUGCUAUUCUGAUUCGUGCUACUGGUCGGAAGCUACAGAUAGCGUAUAGGAAAAGCUUGAAAUCACUUAAUCUGCCGAAUAAAUCCACAGAUUCAGGUGCACUUUCUUCUGGAGAUAUUGCUGCUCUGGUAUACUUAUGGAAUCCUUUCACGAUAGUUGCUUGUGUGGGUUUGUCCACAUCUCCUGUAGAAAACCUUUUCACUAUACUGACCCUUUAUGGAGCUGCUACUGGACUAGCACCUCUGGCAGCUUUUGGCUGGGUCAUGGCCACACAUUUGUCUUUAUACCCUGCAAUACUAAUUAUUCCGGUGAUUCUUUUAUUGGGGUAUGGUCCAGAUGCUCCUCCUAGUAAGUUAUUCAGAAGCAAGGAACAUGGUAAAGUUGGAGACGGCAAAUCAAGCCAGGAAAUCAUAUUUUCAUGGAGAAGAGCCUUUCAUUUGUUAGUUUGGACUUCCUUGUGGUCAGUUUAUGUGUUGGUUCUAUGCAGCAUAUCAGUCAAGCAGCAUGGCAGUCUGCAGGAAAUGUUUCAAAGAACGUAUGGAUUCAUACUUACAGUGGAAGAUCUGUCCCCAAAUAUAGGGGUUUUGUGGUACUUCUUUGCUGAAGUUUUUGACUUCUUCCGGGAUUUCUUUUUGAUUGUGUUCCAUUCAAAUAUAUUAUUCAUGAUACUUCCAUUGGCCAUACGGCUAAAGCACCGACCUUGCUUCCUUGCUUUUGUCUACAUUGCCAUUUCUUCAAUGCUUAAAUCAUAUCCCUCAGUUGGCGACUCUGCUUUAUACCUAGGUCUCUUGGGUUUGUUUCUUGAUGAAUUAGCCGAUAUGCAGUUCUCUUUCUUCCUCUUCUGUGGAUAUGUUGGGGUGUCCCUACUUAGCCCAGUGAUGCACAAUCUUUGGAUUUGGCGGGGCACUGGCAAUGCAAACUUCUACUAUGCAACUGCAAUGGCUUAUGCUUGCUUCCAGAUUGUUUUGGUGGUGGAGAGUGUAAGUUCCAUGCUCAACCACGACAGGAAGCUAACAAAGCUCUCUACCUCAAAACUUCAAAAGUAGAAUGCUUUAAAAGCUCCCCUUGUAACCUUCUUCUCAUACAUUAUACCCCGCAAUGAUCCAAGUGGACAUCGACCAGCGGCGCAAUUUCCCUGAAAGGAUCCCUCCUUCUGACACACAAGGUUCACUCCAUUCUUACUACUAUUGCAUACUGAAAAGUCUGGAUCUUUAAGUUAGUGGCUCGGAAGUUUAGAGUGCUUGUUUAACUGGGAACGGCAUAGUGACUGAACUUGAUAGGAUUCACAGCAAGUGCUUGAUUUUGCUUGGCUAGUAGUUCCUGUAGCUGGCCCUUCGUCUUACCUUUCUUCUUUAUGUUGUAGUUUGUGACUGUGCAUGAUGCGAUAUCGAUAGUGUAUGACUAACGGUAUAUGAUCCUGUUUUGGAUUAUCAAUAUUGUAAGAGCACAUAAGCGUCACAUUGUAGUUAUCCACUUCAAGAAGUUAGCGCGUUUGGUUUUGGGUGAAAAGAGCUUUUCAGAACAGCUACUUACAGCAUCUCAACUACUUGGCGGCAAUCUUGAAACGAUAUGAAAGAGAAGGAAUGGGGUGGCCCCUGCUAUAUAAUAGUUCAUUUUGGAAUGUCAACCAAAGGAUUAGUGUCCAUAAUCUCGGAUUAACUAAAACAUUACCACUGUGUUUAGCUCUAAUUAUCGAUAUAACUGUCAUUUGAUCGUACCUAAUCAUUCAAGAAGCUUCACCGCGAAAUCUUCAGCAUUACAAUUACUCUGACUACUAGAUCUCAUAUCAACUAUACUAUUAAAUAUUAAUACAAGCUAGUUGUUCGAUUUUGGGUCUGUUCAUUUGGAAUUUCAAGCUUUGGUAGACAAAUAUCAUCUCUUUUGUCAUAGUUCUUAUCCAAAUGAUCUUUGCUGUGCUAAACAGAAACUAUGUUAAUCUCUGCAUACACCAAGACAACCACAUUUGCAGUGAAUUGACACUUGAAAUUUAUAUAAAGUUUCUUACAUAGCAAUCUUGUCAUCAAGCCUUCUGAAUGACGAAUUUUAACUCCUAAAUAGAGGAUGAGUCGAUGAACAUGGCUUAGUUCAUUAGUUGGUCAAUACUCAGUCUGAAAAAGAGUAGUUAGUAGUCCAUGGACUCAAAGAAUAGGAGGUGCCAGUUUACUAUUUUUCAUAUUGAAUAAUUGAUUAUAAGUAAAAAAAUUCGGUCGUUAUUAUUAUUAAGAAGUGGCCUCUUAUAUGAAAAGUCUUCGAGCAAUUUAUGAAGCACAAAUUUAGCAAUCGCAAGCAUCAAGAAAAACGAGUGACCAUAGUAAAUGAGAAUGCAUAAU